AUGGACCUUCGAAAAAAGGCUGUGAAGAUCGAUAAGAUCCCCAUAAGAGUUAUGGAUAAGGAAGAGAAAUCUAAAAAGAAUGAAGACAGGAAGCUCAAUGAUUAUUCGUUUGUCAGAAGGAAGAACGGGCAAGUGAUGAUUGUGAAGGGGUUGCGGAGACGGGAAGAAUAUCUUCGUAUGAAGGACAGAAUGAAGGAAGUAAAAGACGCAGAGGAAAAGAAAUUACUGGCAAUCAAGCUGGACGAACUCGAACGGCGUGAGGAAGAGGAGCAGGAUAAAGAACUGAAAGAAGAUAUGCCCAAACUACUCGAGAUCGAUGAGAAAGAUAGGCGGCAGAGGGAGAGGGAUUUAAAGGAAAAUCCUUACGAGUACGCCGAAAGUGUAGACACUUUAGACUCGGAUGGCGCCAGGUACCCGGCAAAACUCAGGAUAGGUGGCAGUAGAAAAAAGCCGAGAGAUGGAUCCAUUGAUUCAAAGGAUAGAAGAAGACAAGACGAUGACAAAAGCACCGAUUCAAGAGGUUCUAGAGACAAACGCCGUGAUGAAGAUAAUCAAACUGUUGAUUCAAGAAGGAGUGUUGCUCGAACCACCGAUUCAAGAAGGAGUGCUGUUGAAACUGUCGAUUCAAGAAGGAGUGCUGCUGAAACUGUCGAUUCAAAAAGGAGCGCUCGAACUGUUGAUUUAAAGAGCAAAAGGACAGAGGAAGAUAGUAAAACCACUGAUUCAAGAAGGAGUGGUACUCGAACCGCUGAUUCAAAAGGCGAAAGAGACGGUGGUGAUGGCCGAAGUACUAGGGAAGGUGAUGGCCGAAGCACUAGAGAGAGUGAUCGCCGAAGUAAACGGGAUGGCGAUGACGACGUUAGAACCGCUGAUUCAAGAAGGAGUGCUGCUCGAACUGCUGAUUCAAAAGGCGAAAGAGACGGUGGUGAUGGCCGAAGCACUAGAGAAAGUGAUCGCCGAAGUAAACGGGAUGGCGAUGACGACGUUAAAACCGCUGAUUCAAGAAGGAGUGCUGCUCGAACUGCUGAUUCAAAAGGCGAAAGAGAUGGUGGUGAAAGGCGAAGCACUAAGGAGGGCGAUCGCCAAAGUAGACGCGAUGACGACGUUAAAACCGUUGAUUCAAGAGCUCCCCGUAAAUUUGGUACCACUGCUCGUGCAAGAUCACCAGAAGGGUCGGAACACACAGUCACUCCAGGAGACAGACAGCGUGACGGCAGAAGCAGAGUUCCAGACGGCAGUUCUAUCGUGACGGACGAUAAUUCAGUAGCGUCCGAAUGGAGAACCAAAAAACUCAGGGAGUACGAGAAAGAUGCGAAGAAGCUGCGAGAUUCUAUUAAGCACAGACAUGAUGGCUAUGCCGACUACGUUGCUGUUGAUCCAUCAGUUAUUGGAUCCACAUCAUCGCGGGGACCGUCUCCAAAGGAGCUAAUACCAACAGCGCAUCAAAGUACCCGCGAGUCAAAUAAACGAGAAGAUCAACGUGAUAGCAAGAGUAGUCGACGUGAGGAAGAUCGAGACCGACAUGGCAGCGAGCGUCGCCGGGAUCGUGAUCCAGGAGAGAGCCGACGUGAGGAGGGUCGUGGUAAUUCAAGCCAGUCCGUUGCUGGUUCCGACAGAAGUUAUAAGACUGCCCGAGUCAGCUCCGCCCAAGCUCCAUCAGAGCAUCAAAGUAGCCGCGGGCCAAGUAGAGAUACACGUGAUCACAAGAGUAGCCGACGUGAGGAAGAUCGUGGUGAUAAGAAAGACCGACGUGACAAAGACCGACGCGAUGAAGACCGACAUGGCAGCGAGCGUCGCCGCGAUCGUGAUCUAGGAGAGAGCCGACGUGGUGAAAGGAGCGAUGAUCGUCGCCGCGACAGAUCGGUUGACGAAACCCCUUCGAGACGCCGUAAUUGA